CCGCAUUUUUUACGUCAGUUCAGUCCGAAGGUUCCUGCUGGUGAGAAAGAAUUCCUGAAGAUGGGCUCUUUCCUCUCUCAGCCACUUGAUCCGGGCAAGGUCGCUGCGCGUCCCGAGGCCACCUCCCCCGCCAACCCCACUGCCACCGCUGCACCCGGAGCGCCUGCGUCUCCGGCGCAAACCCCGCUGUUUAAUAACUGCUGGAGCUGCCGCGUGCUCUCCGGGUCGGGGCUGAUAGGGGCUGGCGGAUACGUGUACUGGGUGGCGCGGAAACCCAUGAAGCUGGGAUACCCCCCGAGUCCAGGGAAUAUUGCGCAGAUGGUCAUCGGCAUCAGCAUUGCAUGUUGGGGUGUAGUCGUCUUGACAGACCCCAAAGGAAAAGCGUACCGUGUUGUUUGAAAGUAUCACCAGUGAAUCUGUCAUCUCUGAGCCCCAUCUUCAUGAUUCUCAGAGCUAUCAUGGGGCUUAUGGAUGUUUUGGACAGACAAAUGGACAGACUUCAGUUCUACAGAUACUACAAGAUUGAAAAGCCAAAGACAGAUUUUCAUUCCUUGGCCAUGAAUGUUUGUGGCCUUCAUCUCCACAGGGAAUAAUAAAUCCGUUAGAGAAGA